AUGGAGAACCGUACAGUGGUGACUGAAUUUAUUCUUCUGGGCUUCCCCAGCAUCCAAAAGGUGCGAGUUCUAGUCUUUGUGGGGGUCUUGGUGAUCUACUUCUUAACUGUCACUGGGAACAUUGUCAUUGUUGCCACCGUGGCUUACGAUUCCACUCUCCACAAGCCAAUGUACUUCUUCCUUGGCAACCUCUCUUUCUUAGGCAUCAUCUAUGUGUCUUCUACAAUCCCCAAGCUUUUGGCUAAUUUGCUAGCAGUCAAGAAAUCUAUCAGCCUAGCUGGCUGUAAAGCUCAAGCAUUCUCCCACUUCUUCUUGGGAGCCACAGAGUUCUUCCUCCUCACUGCCAUGGCAUAUGAUCGGUACAUGGCUAUAUGUCACCCUCUCCAUUACCACACCAUUAUGUGCACGAGGGUUUGCAUUCAGCUGGCAUGCAGCUCAUGGUUCGGUGGCCUGAUGACUGUCUUGGUGCAGACGAUUCUGGUGUUCCAGCUGCCUUUCUGUGGGCCCAACAUCAUCAAUCACUUCUACUGUGAUGUUGGACCAUUGUUAAAGUUGGCCUGUACCAAUACUCGCCCCAUUGAAUGGAUUGUCUUCAUCAUUGCGACUGUUGUGGUAUUCAGCAAUUCUCUUUUGACAGUGGUCUCCUACAUAUUCAUCAUCUCAACUGUGAUGAGAAUCCCAUCAGCAUCUGGGAGACAGAAAGCCUUCUCUACUUGCAUUGCUCACUUGGUGGUGGUCGUCAUGUUGUAUGGGGCAAUCAUCUUUAUAUACGUCAGGCCAACAGGUCAUUCCUCGUUGAAUAUGAACAAAGUGGUAUCCCUCUUGAACACGCUGGUCACCCCACUAUUGAACCCUUUUAUAUACACCCUCAGAAACAAGGAAGUGAAAGACGCCCUGAAAAAAGGAUUCAUCAAGAAUAAAAUCUUUGAGGACAACAAAUGGUAA